AUGCUCAAGUCAUUGGCCAUCAUUGCCACCUGCAUCCUUCUGGCCAACACUGUGGCAGUGCCUAUAUACACUCUUGGAGACAACGAGCCACCUGAACAAUGGAGACCAAGCGCGGCAGGUCUUCCUAAAUACAUUCCACCUACUCCAGCUCGACCUCCCUACCAGCCGCAUGGCCCUAUUCCGGACUCGGAACUAUCAGAGCCACCUGUCAUGCCUCUUCCCGCAGGCCUAAGUCCUCAAGCCACAGCUGGUAUUGCAUCUCUUCGGGCCAUGUUCAAAAGCUCGAAAGACGUGGAUCACUCUUCCUUGCCUGCCUCGGCUGUCAAUGCACCUUCGCAGUUCACUCGUGCGGCAGAUUUUACUGAUCUCGGCUGGACACAGACUGUUGAAGAUAAUUUCAAACUUGUCAAUUUUGGUUUGGAAACUGCUUUCGGUGAUCUGGGAAUCAGCAGUGAUCCAAGGUUUUGGAAGAGGGUGGUCCAGACACAUUCUCGCGAUGGUCAGAGAAAUGGGCAAACGUACAAGAAGUCAGGUGCAAUGGCAACAAACAUAUUCAAUCCGCAGCAAGGCGUCAUCGUCACUGGAUCCCUUCUAGGUAAUGUGGACUUCAUUGACGCCUUGGUCCAGCAAGGCUCCAGUACUCGGAUGGCGGAAGUGUCGCCUCUGCGUUACUGGCACGACCUUUGCUACCUCGCCUGGGCAUCCUUGAAUGGUGGGAAUGCUCCGCAACGCAAGGCAAUCACUCACAUCUUCUACCACGAUGUCCAAGAUGCAGAGAUGCGACGUCUGCUCACCUUGCUGGUGGACUUCAGACGUCAGCGAGGUUAUGACCGCACGUGGCCUUUGCCACCCACAUGGCAAGGUGUCAUGAUCAAGCAUGCCGAGGAUAAAAGACAAAUUCCUCAGGCAGCUGCGGUGCUUGACAUCUUCAAGGAAAUUACAAAGUUCAUCACCACUCAUGAGCCGGCUAAUAUGCUCGGGGACAAAGGCAUCGACAGGAUUCAUAUUUUCGCGUGUCCUCAGUAUUUCCCCGAUGGACGGGAAAAGGUUGGAGUCUGCACUGCUGAGUGCAUGUGCUACUAUUACUCUGCUGCUGAGAUACUAUUUCCUAUUGGUGUUGGCGAGUUUGUCUGA